AUGGGGCCUCCGCUGCUCCAUAUGUCGUUAAUCUUCGUGUUAGUACGAUUGUCGUCCACACAACAGGAUAAUGGAAUUAUUGGAGAUCCAGUCGUUGACUGUGCCGAUAGUUACUUUGAGGUUCGAUUCGAAACCCGAAACCCCUUCCGAGGUCUAAUAUUCGUACAGGAUCGUCUGGAAGAUCCUCGUUGUCGUAGUCCACCAGCCAGUCCAGGAGGACAAAGAAAUGCUAGUAUUCGACUGGCAUUCAAGGAAUGUGGAGUGGAGAGGAGAAUUUCGGUGAAUUGA